GUUUCCAAGAGUGAAAAGGCUCUCUAACUUCUCUAACUACUGCGAAUCCAUCACCCACGAAGUACCCUUGGCUUGUAUUUUCCCUUCGUUUUCCCGUCCCCUUUCCCCGGACCGUACAAUCCUAGCACCGAACGCCGAACACCAGAGCGAUCGCGAUGUCUUCGGCGGCGGUCGCGGCGCCGGAGAUGGUUGCUAUGGAGGCGGCGGCUCCGGCGAGGCUAGGCUAUGCCGUGGAGCUAUACUUUGAUCCGGCCCUCGAGAACCAAGUCCUCAAGGCGUGGAACGUGCUUGCGCGCCGCCAGAUCAGCACGCAGCUCAUUGAGAUUGCCGCCCGACCACACAUCACUCUCUUCUCGAGCCCCUCGAUCGACCCCGCCCGAUUUCUCCCUUCUGUACGAUCCCUCGCUGCCCGCCUCGAACCCCUCCCGGUCUCUCUUUCCUCCGUGGCAUCAUUUCCCGGCGGCAGCGGCGGCAGUGGGGUUCUCUUUCUGGGUCCGACCCCGACCUCGGCGCUGCUUGGGCUCCACACACAGCUCUGCGAGAUGCUGCGGAAGGAGGGGGUAGAGGCGGCGGAGGAGUUCCGGCCGGAUUCGUGGGUGCCUCACUGUCCUGUGGCAAUAGACGUGCCGAGAAGCCGGAUGGGAGAGGCCUUCUGCAUACUUAGGGAUCUGAAGCUACCGGUCUCUGGCUACGCGAUGGAUAUUGGGUUAGUGGAGUUCUCGCCAGUGCGGGAGAUCUUUUCGGUUCCGCUUGGGGGUGAUGCGGAGGCUUGAGGUUUUUUCUACAGAGCCUCAAAAUCACUUGAAGAAAUAUGUCAGAAAAUAUUCCAGAUAACGGUAACAUUUUUGUAGUGUGCUUGAAUCAAGCUAAUGAAUUGUUAUAUGUGGUUGCAAUCAUUGGGAUCAUUAACUAAAUUAUUUGUCUCUAGUUUCAGAAGGAUCAUGAUUGUCUUAAUCCUUCAUCCCAAUAGCAAAGUUUUAAUUUGAUAGAGGUGAUGAAGUAUUUAAUAUGCUUUGUAUUUGACUAUUGUAAUGCGCUAUUUUCUUACUUAUUUUCUUCCCUCUCUCAUUUGUUGCCAUGAAUAAGAAACAAAAGAAGAUUGUUCUGCACUACUCAGAAUGUCAUUAGCUUAUUUUUCCUUGUAACAGAGAUUUUCAACAAAUUGAUAUUCUUGUCUUCUUGAUGCA